UGGUUGUGUUUUGCAAAAAUAUUUCUUGGCAAAUUAUUUAUAUUUUGUUAAUUUGCUACUGUACUAAUUUGCUUUUGUACACGUUCGUACUGUAGGUGGCAAAUAUACAUACUUUUCAUUCUUUUCAAAUGUAUAGAUUUUGCAGACAAACUAUUUUUUCUGGUAUAAAUGUAUUAUGUCGGCCUAAGCCCUCAUCAUUUUCUUGCAAAAAAUCGACCCGUUAUUCCCAUAAUAAUAAUAAAAACAACACAGAAAGACGCCCAUUUUUCAUUUGUGGACAAAAAUUGUCAGCAAAUGUAGGAAGUUGUCAGGUCCGCACAAUGGCAAGUGUAGGGAGUAGUUCUGGAGCUGGUCACCAGAACAAGCUCUCACAAGAGAAGUCUCCCUAUCUGUUACAGCAUGCGUCAAAUCCAGUUGAUUGGUAUCCAUGGGGUGAAGAAGCAUUUGAGAAAGCUAAGAAAGAGAGAAAACUGAUAUUUUUGUCUGUUGGGUACUCCACAUGUCACUGGUGUCAUGUCAUGGAGAGGGAAUCGUUUGAAAAUGAAGAGAUUGGCAAGAUCCUCAACGAGAAUUUCAUCAGUAUCAAAGUGGAUCGGGAGGAGAGACCUGAUGUUGACAAGGUCUAUAUGACCUUCGUGCAGGCAACUACAGGAAGUGGUGGCUGGCCUAUGAGUGUGUGGUUGACCCCUGACCUUAAACCAGUCGUCGGUGGUACGUACUUCCCUCCAGACGAUCGGUAUUAUGGCAGACCAGGAUUCAAGAGUAUUCUGCUCAACAUUGCGGAAAAGUGGAAUUUAAGACAAGACAAGAUAGAAGAACAGGGAACCGCUAUUCUCGAUGCCCUGAUGCAGACGACACAGGUUGAAGAGUCUGGUGGUUCGGACCGGGCUGGUCAGGACUGUGUGGAUAAGUGUUACCAGAUGCUUGAGAAAUCGUAUGAUCCAGAGAUGGGUGGAUUCAGCAAUGCUCCGAAAUUUCCUCAACCUGUAAAUCUGAAGUUCCUUCUUCAUUUCUAUGGUUCGAAGCCCGACUCGUGUGAGAGAAAGAGGGCUCUUGAUAUGGCAGUACACACUCUCAAGAUGAUGGCUAAAGGAGGAAUGCAUGACCAUGUUGCUCAGGGAUUUCAUCGCUACUCCACAGACAAGUUCUGGCAUGUGCCUCAUUUUGAAAAGAUGUUGUACGACCAAGCUCAACUCGCCGUGGCUUACCUUGAUGCUUACCAGAUAACAAAAGACAAGUUUUUGGCUGAGACAGCCAGGGAUAUUUUUAAGUAUGUUUCCAGGGAUCUGAGCCACCCAGCGGGAGGUUUCUACAGUGCUGAAGAUGCCGAUUCCCUGCCGACAGCUGACUCGAAGGAGAAGAAGGAGGGAGCGUUCUGUGUGUGGACGUGGGGCGAGGUUCAGACUAACCUCACCGGCCUCGUGGAGGGGAAACCAGAUCUCAAGGAAGCCGACGUUUUCUGUCAUCAUUAUGAUGUCAAGCAGGUAGGCAAUGUCGACCCAUAUCAGGAUCCUCAUGAUGAGUUGAAGGGUCAGAAUGUGUUGAUUGUGAGAGGAAGUCUCGAAGACACUGCCGCUCAUUUUGGCCUCGAUGUCACAAUCACAGAGACCGUUCUUGAAAAAUGUCGACAAAAGUUGUAUCUCGUUCGACAAAGCAGGCCAAAACCUCAUCUUGACAACAAAAUGGUGGCUGCAUGGAAUGGACUGAUGGUGUCUGGGUUUGCGAGAGGAGGACAGGUCCUUCAGGACUCGUCGCUGACUGCCCGGGCAAUCAAGGCCGCAGAGUUCCUCCAGAGUCACAUGUUUCUGUCCGACUCACAGGUUCUGUUGAGGAGCUGUUACACAUCACAGGAUAAAACCGUCACUCAGAUAUCUUCGCCUAUCGAAGGAUUUGUCGACGACUACACGUUCGUGAUCCGAGGACUGCUGGAUCUGUACGAAGCCUGCUAUAACGACAGAUGGCUGCAGUGGGCCGAGCAGCUUCAGGAGACACAGGACAAGUUGUUCUGGGAUGACGAGGCUGGUGGUUAUUUCAGUAGUGGUCUGAGAGAUCCCACCAUUGUACUCAGAAUGAAGGACGAUCAGGACGGUGCUGAGCCGAGUUCUAACUCUGUUUCUGCGAUGAAUCUCCUCCGACUGUCUCACUUUCUGAACCGCACCGAGUGGCAGGACAAGGGGAGUAAACUCUUCCAGGUUUUCUACCAGCGUCUGGCCAAGAUUCCGAUUGCUGUUCCAGAAUUAGUUUGUGCUCUCGUGUUUGCUCUCUCAACUCCAAAACAGAUCAUCAUUUACGGGGACAAAGAAUCCGAAGACACCAAAGAGAUGUUCAAGACAGUUCAUGAAAGUUAUCUCCCCAAUAAAGUUGUUAUCCAUGCAGAUGGCAGCAGUGAGUCGUUCCUGAGAACCAGGCUUCCGAUCCUAGAGACUCUGAGUAAAGUCGACGGCAAGACAACAGCCUAUGUUUGUGAGAACUACUCGUGUUCUCUCCCCGUCAACUCGACGCAGGAGUUGAAAAAGUUACUUGCCAGUCACGGAAAGCAAGCAGCUUCGUUAUAGAGCAAUGGGAUGCAAAAAAUAUAAACUAAUAAUAAAUGCCAGGAAGUUUGCAUUAGAAUUUUCACAAGAGUGUUACCAUGAUUUAUGCACCGAAAAAUGCAUAUUACAUAGAGGGAUAUGUGCUGUUCGUAAAUAUAUGGUGUGCAUAUUACUUUGAGGCAUGUGUUCUGUAUGUAAAUGUAUGGUGUGUAUUUUACCUUGAGGCAUUUGUACUGUAUGUAAAUGUAUGGUGUGCAUAUUACUUUGAGGUGUAUGUACUAUAUGUAAAUGUAUGGUGUGCAUAUUACUUUGAGGUGUGUGUACUAUACAUGUAUGUAAAUGUAUGGUGUGCAUAUUACUUUGAGGUGUAUGUACUAUAUGUAAAUGUAUGGUGUGCAUACUAGUAUUACUUUGAGGUGUGUGUACUGUAUGUAAAUGUAUGGUGUGCAUAUUACUUUGAGGUGUGUGUACUAUAUGUAAAUGUAUGGUGUGCAUAUUACUUUGAGGUGUGUGUACUAUACAUGUAUGUAAAUGUAUGGUGUGCAUAUUACUUCGAGAGGUGUGUACUAUAUGUAAAUGUAUGGUGUGCAUUUUACUUUGAGGUGUGUGUACUAUAUGUAAAUGUAUGGUGUGCAUAUUAC